GCAAAUGCCUGCUGCUAAACAAAACAAUUAGCAGUCGUUAAUAAGCAUUGCAAUCAAUAAGUUGUUUUGGAAAUUAAAAUAAAUUGAGAGAAGAAAAUUAAAAAAAAAAUUCAAAAUUAAAAUGAAAUUUAUACAAGUGUUUUUAACCUUAAUGAUCCUGCUGCAAUUAUGGCGGAGUGAAGCUGCCACUACUUACAACAGUCGCCAGACAAAUCGCAAACAAAAGAAAAUUAUUGAGGGUUCUAUGGAUUUGAAGGCGAAUCCUUGUAAUGAUUUCUAUCAAUUUGCCUGUGGCAAUUGGGAUGAGGUAUUUCUGGAGGCGGGUACAAAAUACUAUGAACCCAUAACCAUGUUGGAUUAUAAUGUCAAUAAGGAAAUGUCGGGUGUUUUUAAGCGGUUUAUGCCACGCAACAAACCCAAGUUUAUACAAAAUGCUUAUAAUUAUUAUACAUCCUGUGUGGAUUUGAGUAAAUAUGAAGCCGUUAAAUAUCUAGUAUGGCUGAAAGCCAAUGAUCAAUUUAAAUGGCCCUCAUUGUGGACACCGCCCAAGAAAAAUACCCAAUUUGAUUGGGUGCAAACAUUGGCAAAAAUGCGUACUUAUGGCUUAAAUGAUGUUUUCAUACAGCAAAUAGUUAUGUCCGAAAUAAAUGAUGUUAAAUCAUUUAUUAUAGAUAUAGAUAAACCAGUAAUGGAUGGUGGUUUUAAACCCUUGACUGAGGUGAAUUUAAAUGUUUUAAUGAAUUCUUUACCGGCAGCCAUAAGUACAGAGGAAUUGCAGAAAUUAUGGCUGGAAAUAGAAAAUUUUGAAAACAAAUUACAACAGCUAGAUGAAAUCGAAGACACUGAAGUGGAUAAUGAAGAGGAUUAUUUAAAGGAGCGUUUGGUUUAUGUUAAAGAUUUACCCUUAGAUUGGCUUAAGGAUUAUUUAAAAGUCAUACUCAAUCAAACGGAUUUAAAUCCCCAAAUGCCUUUGUAUAUACAAAAUAUACCCUAUAUGAAGGCUUUAGAUGCUCUGCUCAAACAAUAUACACCACGUUUUAUCUGCAAAUAUUUGGAAAUAAGAUUCUUAUGGCAUUUACAUCAAGAUGGUCCUGCCAAUUUCUUAGAUGAAGAUUGUUUGGGUAGCACCAGAAGUUUAAUGUCCACUGCCAUGCAUUGGUUGUAUGAAGAGCAACAUCCCGAACUGGCUCGAGAAUAUGCUGCCAUUUAUGAAAUGUUUAAUAAUGUACGUAAACAUUUCAAUAAUACCAUUAUCAAAAAUAAUCAUGGUUUCAAUGCCACUGUCAUAGAAUAUUUGCAAAAUAAAAUCAACAAUAUGAAACUAAGACUCAAUAAUAUACCACGCAGAGGUACUGUAGCAACAUUGGAGAAAUUCUACAAGCCUUUGGAUUUAGCUGCAGAUAAGUUCUAUGAAAAUCAUUUGAAAUUAUUGAGAUUUAACUUCCAGGCACGUCAGCAGCUUUUAAAUAGUAAAACCACCAUUUUAGAUUUUACUUAUUUGGAAAAUAGUGAAACUGGUUCUAGCUCCUCCCCCUUUUUUGUGCAAAAUGCUAACUAUGUCUUUGUACCCUUAACCUUACUACAGCCUCCCAUCUAUAGUCCCGAUAUGGAUGAUAUCUAUAAAUACAGUUCUUUGGGAUUCCUGUUGGCUCAUGAAAUGUUUCAUGGUUUCGAUGACAGUGGCCUUUUAACAGAUGCCAAUGGCAGCAUGAGCUUAAUACAAUUCGAAGACAAUCCUUUAUUCAAUGCCAGUUUCAAUUGCCUACUAGAACUUAAUCCUUUAGUAAUAAGUGAGAAAAUUGCCGAUGUUAGUGGUUUACGUUAUGCUUAUCAGGCAUUUUUUGAUGCCAAUCCUGAUGCUUUAACUAAAACACGUCGCAUUUAUGGCCAAGAAAUAUCGAUGAGUAAGGUCUUCUUUUUGAAUUUUGCUCAAUUCUUUUGCGGCAAUACUUCACCUGAGGAUUUUUCUUCAAUGUCAGAUCAUGGUUCUGAUCGUGAGCGUGUUACCGAUGCUCUAACACAUUUUCCGGAAUUUGCAAAAACUUUCAGUUGCAAUAGAAAUCAUCGGCUGUAUCCACAUGAUGCCUGUCAUUUGUGGCGAUAAUGUAGAUUGAUUUUUUUUUUUCUAAAUAAAUUUUAUUUUUUUUAUUUAUUAAAUACAAAAAUGUAUACCUCUUUUAAUAGUAAAUAAUAAAUAUGUAGUUAAUUAGCAUCUCUUAUCAGUAAGAGACAUAAAUAAAUUAAUUUUUUAAAAAAA